GAAAGCCCCGUCGUCCCCGCUCGCAGCUGCCCUGUGGUGCAUGCGCAUGGAGCGGCGCGCGAGCUUCCCGGGAGAAACCCGCGUCCUCCCCGCGCCUAGAGUGCUGUUCCGCGGCCCGGUGGAGCCGCUCAUCUUCCUUGCCAACUUCGCCUUGGUCCUGCAGGGCCCGCUCACCACGCAGUACCUCUGGUACCGCUUCAGUGCCGACCUCGGCUACAAUGGCACCCACGACAGAGGUGGCUGCAGCAACCACAGCCUGAACCCCAUCGUGCAGGAAGUGGAGACCCUUACCUCCCACUGGACGCUCUACAUGAAUGUGGGCGGCUUCCUGGUGGGGCUCUUCUCGUCCACCCUGCUGGGUUCGUGGAGCGACUGUGUGGGCCGUCGCCCGCUGCUGGUGCUGGCCUCGCUGGGCUUGUUGGUCCAGGCCCUGGUGUCCAUCUUUGUGGUGCAGCUGCAGCUACACGUUGGCUUCUUCGUGCUGGGCCGCAUCCUUUGUGCCCUCCUUGGUGACUUCAGUGGCCUCCUGGCUGCUGGCUUUGCCUCUGUGGCAGAUGUCAGCUCCCACCACAGCCGAACCAUCCGAAUGGCCCUGCUGGAAGCGUGCAUCGGGGUGGCGGGGAUGCUGGCAAGCCUCCUUGGGGGCUACUGGCUCCACGCCCAGGGUUAUGCCAACCCCUUCUGGCUGGCCUUGGCCUUGCUGAUAUUCAUGGCUUUCUACGCCGCUUUCUGCUUUGGUGAGACACUGAAGGAGCCAACACCUGCCCGGCUCUUCACGCUCCGUCACCAUCGAUCCAUUGUCCAGCUCUACAUGGCUCCGGCCCCGGAGAAGUCCAGGAAGCAUUUAGCCCUGUACUCACUGGUCAUCUUCGUAGUGAUCACUGUGCACUUUGGGGCCCAGGACAUCCUGACCAUCUACGAGCUGAGCAGACCCCUCUGCUGGGACUCCAAGCUGAUAGGCUACGGUUCUGCAGCUAGGCACCUCCCAUAUUUCACCAGCCUGCUGGGCCUGCGGCUUCUGCAAACCUGCCUGGACGACACCUGGGUGGCUGAGAUUGGCUUGGCCUUUAACAUCCUGGGGAUGGUGUUCUUUGCAUUUGCUACCAACACCCCUCUUAUGUUCACAGGGUACGGGCUCCUCUUCCUGUCCUUACUCAUCACACCCAUUGUCCGGGCCAAGCUCUCCAAGCUGGUGAGCAGGUCAGAGCAGGGUGCUCUCUUUUCUGCUGUGGCCUGCAUGAACAACUUGGCCAUGCUGAUGGCCUCCAGCAUCUUCAACUCGCUCUACCCAGCCACCCUGAACUUCAUGAAGGGGUUCCCCUUCCUCCUGGGAGCUGGCCUCCUCUUCAUCCCUGCCAUCCUGAUCUGGAUGCUGGGAAAGGCUGAUCCUCGCUCUGAAUACCAGUAGUUUCCCCAGAGCCCCUGAUAGGCCUGGACCCGAGGACGGAGGGCAAGAGGAGCGAAGUGAACGCUGACCAACUGGAAGUGUGCACCGGGCCCACCCACAGCGGCUCCCCUCAAAGGCAGUGUCACCUUGGAUAAGGUGGUCCAGCUAGACCAGGGCCCCUACCUCACGCAUAGCUGUGCCAGCCUGUGACUCAAGGAUUGUGACCCAGACAGUCUGACUCCAGGGCAGGCAGUGGGGGAGCCCUUUGGAAUGGGGCUCUGUCCAGCCUUUAUGCCAUCAAUCACAUAAAGCCCUCCGGGGGGAGGAGACGCCCUGACGGAGGUGAUGCCUCAGGGGCCAGCUGAAGCUCGAGGGCUGGCAUCUCUGCUUCCGCCCAGAACCCACAGCUCACGGUGCACAGUCCACGGUGGGCAGCCACCAGCGCUCCUUAACAACACGUGCCUUGCGGGGAGGAAGGCUUGUGGGAAUGGAGGGGGAGGGCUACUGGCUCGGUGGAACCAACCCCCUGGGCCUUGCAGCACCAACCAUAAUAAAGCAGUAUAAGGAA